UAACCCGGAAGUAGUACCUGUGGCUCUUUAACAGGGCAGGAAGAGUGCACCAAUAUAACUGACAGUUAGCUAUCAUGGCGCUUGAUGUAAAGUCCAGAUCCAAACGCUACGAGAAACUGGAUUUCCUCGGAGAGGGUCAGUUUGCAACAGUGUACAAAGCCAGAGACAAAACGACUGAUACUAUAGUUGCCAUUAAAAAGAUCAAGGUUGGUCACCGUACUGAGGCUAAAGAUGGUAUUAAUAGGACUGCUCUCAGAGAAAUCAAACUGCUGCAGGAACUGCAUCAUCAAAACAUUAUUGGGCUGCUUGAUGCCUUUGGACACAAGUCCAACAUCAGCCUUGUGUUUGACUUCAUGGAAACAGAUCUGGAGGUGAUAAUCAAAGACACCAGUCUAGUCCUGACUCCAGCCAACAUCAAAGCCUACAUCCUCAUGACCCUACAGGGAUUAGAGUAUAUGCACCAACACUGGGUCCUUCACAGAGAUCUGAAGCCCAAUAACCUGCUGCUGGAUGGAAAUGGAGUGUUGAAGUUAGCUGAUUUUGGUUUGGCAAAAGCAUUUGGAAGCCCAAACAGAGUCUACACACAUCAAGUGGUCACCAGGUGGUACCGCUCCCCUGAGCUCCUGUUUGGUGCCAGGAUGUAUGGUGUGGGUGUUGAUAUGUGGGCAGUGGGAUGCAUCCUUGCAGAGUUACUUCUUCGGAUACCAUUCCUUGCUGGAGACUCAGACCUUGACCAGCUGACUAAGAUCUUUGAGGCUCUUGGGACCCCCACAGAAGAGACAUGGCCUGGAAUGAGUAGUCUACCAGACUAUGUGUCCUUCAAAAUAUUUCCUGGCACACCUCUUGAGCAUAUAUUCAGCGCGGCUGGAGACGACUUACUGGAGCUGCUACAGGGUCUGUUUACCUUUAACCCCUCCACGAGGAACACAGCGACACAGGCCCUGAAGAUGAGAUACUUCAGUAAUCGACCUGGUCCCACUCCAGGUCCUCAACUCCCCCGACCCAACUGUUCAGUGGAAGCUCUGAGGGAGAAGGAAACAGUCGGGCUGAAGAGGAAAAUUGAGGGCCUGGAGACAACUGUGAUGAAGAAGAAGCUCGUUUUCUGAACAGGAUGAAAAACAGCAGAUGAUGCGUCUUCAGCCCGUUGUCGGGCUCAGCUUUCCCAUUGUUUCUCAGGAUUCUUCACCAAAAUGAAAUAAAUAGUAAACCGGCGGUGGGAAGGAGGCUCAACUGAGCUGGACCUGAGGACAUUUUAGAGGUUGUUGCCGUGAUAGCGAUAGCACUUGAGAAAUAUGCCCAGGGUUUGUAUCAAAGUAUCUGCUGUGCUCAGCAGAGUUCAGCAGUGAAUCUUUUGGUUCAACAGAUGCUGUUUAUGGUCAGUUGUUUUGACUCCUUCAGUGGUGCCUGCUGGAAUAUUUCUAUUUAUAUGGCAGGAAGAGGGAAAAACAAAACUAGAAAGCUUGAUUGAAUUCAUGUUUGUGUAUUUUUUUUAGUUUUUGUUUUUUUUGUAUGUAAGACCAAUAAAAUGGUGCAAAUGAA